GUCAUACAGGAAGAACGUUCAUUGUUUUGGCGUUUCCUGAUCUGCAUCUGUGGAGUCUCGCCCAUUAAAAAACAACAACAACAAACAUCUGAAAGUCGAUACAUUUCUGGUAUCUGUCACCAUGACUCACUGGUUCCACCGAAACCCCCUGAAAGCAACAGCACCCGUGUCCUUCAACCUGUAUGGAGUGGCAUCCAGCCCUGCUGCCAAUAAGAUCUGCAAUGACCUGAGAACGGCACGGGCCAGGCUGCUGGACAUGUUCACAGAUGCCACGUGUACACCUGAGAUCAUGAAGAAAGCCAGUGAUGAAUAUUUUGCUCUUUUACAGGGUUUCAUUUUGCCGCUGGAUGGAACCACACAAGAGAACAAGCUUCGCUUUAUCCAGAACUUCAAAUGGACAGACACUUUACAGGGAAAUAUUGCAAGUGCUCAGCAGGAUGCAGUUUUUGAGUUUGUGUCAAUGGCAUUUAAUGUGGCCCUCUGGUACACUAAGUUUGCAUCCAGGCGGGCCGGAAAGGAAAACAUCACAGAGGACGAGGCCAAAGAUGUUCACAAGAGUUUGAAAAUCGCUGCUGGUAUAUUUAAGACUCUUAAGGAGACUCAUAUUCCUCGUCUGAUCACUCCAGCAGAGAAGGGUCGAGAUCUGGAGCCCCGAGUCAUUGACGCUUACAUUGUUCAGAGUCAAGCUGAGGCUCAGGAGGUGACCAUUGCCAGAGCCAUUGAACUGAAGCACAAUGUCUCCCUGAUAGCAGCACUGUCGUAUGAGACGGCAAACUUCUACCAGAAGGCCGAUCACACUCUAAACACGUUGGAUCCUGAAUGUAGCAGUAAAUGGAAGAAAUACCUGCAGCUCAAGCAGCACUUCUAUAUGGCUUAUGCGCACUGUUAUCAUGGACAGACUCUUCUUGCGGGUGAUAAGUGUGGAGAGGCCAUCAGAUCCCUACAAGAGGCUGAGAAAUGUUACUCACGUGCUGAAGCGUUGUGUAAAGAGUACCGUCAGAUGAAGGGUCCCGGCAGCACGGCCAAACCCUCCGAACAGCUGUUCUUCAGGAAACUGGGGACAUUCAUAAAGAACACACUGGAGAAAUGCCAGAGAGAAAACGGCUUCAUUUACUUCCAUAAGGUUCCUGCUGAAGCUCCAGCGCUGGAGUUGAAGGCCAGUUAUGGUUUGGCUGAACCAACUCCAUUUGAACUCCCGGCUCUCAGCGAUCAGUGCACACCUGAAGUCUACGCGACCUUUGACCUCACUAGAGGCCCAAAAGAUGACAAGGCAAAAACAAAGCCUGAUGAAGAGAUUAAACCAGUGAAGGAGCCCGAUCUGAAGCCGCAGAAAGACACGGGCUGUGUGAUCUCCUAAACACCUGAAGAAACUUAAACAAACAGGUCCAGCAUGUGCAGGAGAUGUAGAUGAGGGUCUGUUCACUUUGCCUGUAAUCAAACACAGUUACUCUAUUCUAGUGUAAAUCUCUGCCCAAAUACAUAACAAUAUAACAUAGUGAUAUAACAGUGGAGUCUGUCUGUGUUUCAUCUAUAGAAGACAGAAUUGAGUAUCCAGUCACAUAUCUGAUGGACAAUGAAUCAAUUAUGACUGUUUGAUUUGCACUUGAUUAUCUCUUUGUAGUGUACUCCAGAUUAUUUAAAAGGUUGGUUGGGUUUUUUUCUCCAUUCAUUAGAGCGUAACUUGUAAAAUAUUUUAGGAAUGUUCAUAUAUUUUAUGGCACUGUUGGUCAUUGCAAAAGACAAAAAAUGCAAAUAUUAAACCGUCCUUAAGAGUAAAUCUCACAAAGAAAUAUCCAGGUCAUAUUUCACCCCAAAAUCAAAAGUCAAUUUUUAAAACCAUUAAGAUUUUUUUGCAUUGUGACAUUAUUUUCAUAACAUUUCACAGCCAAAUUCUUAUGGAAGGCCAAAUUACUCCAAAUUAAAUAAUUAAAUAAAUAUUUAAACAAAUCAUUAAAUGCAUAAAAAAAAUAUUUUUUAAACUAUAAAAUCAUAAAAUUAAUUACAACAUACUAACAUUACUAAAUAAAUCAAUAAAUGCCCCUUGUAUUUCAUUUUAGCACUUUAUUGUGUCCAUUUUCAUUUUAGAAUUAUCUUUGGAUUGGUUUAUUUUUAAUUUAAGCACAAGUUACAUGUCUUUUCAUUUACCUUUUCAGUGUUACAAAAAUCACUCAACACUAAUGUAAUAAUUGUAUAACUUUUAAUGAUUUCGUUUGUGGUUUUUAUUUCAUUUUCUCAUGUUCUUAAUAAUUUAUUUAAAUGUUAAUUUAAUGAUUUCAUUUUGAGUAAUUUGGCUCUCCAUAAAUUCUCAUUAAUUGAAUGCAAAAUCGUAUAUUAUAUAAAAUAUUAUAUAUAAAUGUACAUAUAUUUUUAUAAAAAUAUUAUAAAAAUAAAAAUACAUUCAAUUCAAUACAAUAAAUACUACAAUGUUGAAACUGAAAAUUGUACUUUACAAAUAUAAUGUUGCAUUUUAAAUAUGCAACAUUAUAUAUUUUUUUCCCCUUCACAUUACAGCAAAGAGAAAUGGUGGUUAAAACAUGCUUAAUUGUUUAGGAAAGUAAUAUCACAAUUUAAAUAAAUCUUAUCAGACCUAAAAUUGGCUUUAUUUUCUUCAUGCAUAAAAAAAAUCUGGAUAUAUAUAUAUAUAUAUAUACACACACACACACAUAUUACACACACAAUUUUAAUUUAGUGUGGUUUUGCGGUGAAAGGUGACCCGGACAUUACUGGACAGUUUUCAUGACAUUCACUCUUAUAAAAAGCAGUUAUUAACAAAAUAAAACAACAGACAGCUAAUUUGAUUGUCACACUCCCUUGUGAAGAUGUAUAAAGAUUAUCAUCCAUAACCCACUUAUUGCACUGAGAAAUAAUAUCUGCUGUAUGAUGAACAUUUGUUUGUGGAAGGAGAGGACAAGCACAUCUUUAUUUUGGGUCACAUUAGAAACAAAACCAGCUGUUUUCCAUUUUUAAUGGAACGCUAACCAGUCAAAUUUGAUAUAGUCAGAGUAGCACAUGAAAAUAGUCCCAGAUCAGGUUAUCAAGACUAAACAUGUCAGAGUUUGGCACCAGAUAUCGUCCCCAGCAGAGUGUUGUGUAGUGCCAUGUUGAUUGGGCAAAGAUUAUAAUCUUACCAUCUAAAUGUCAGCGUUUAGUGGACUUCCAUAUGUGGAUAUAUUUAAAGUCAUUUUUUCAUAAAUGCAUUUGAAUGCAAAUUUGAAACAUGUCAUAAGGAUUGUUGUGCUGUAAAUACUUUAAAAUGCAGUUGUGUCAUUUGAAACUCAUCUUGAUGCCAUUUUUCAAUUCAGUUGUUUUGUGCUGCAUUUAUUUGUUUAGUUGUUGUUUUUCCCCCCAAAUACUGAACACUGGACUUUUGAGAUCAUGUCAUUGCUGCUCCCUUACUUUUUAGGCCAUUCUUUGGAAAACUUCAACAACUAAAGUUGGUAAAAUUGUCAAGAAAAGUGCACUUUCAUAUUGGAUACAAAUAUUUAAGCACAGGUACAUAAAAUGGUACAAUGUUUGAAUUGUAUGACUUGGUUUACACAUUUUAAUGGUAAUUUUGGCCCCUAUUUUAAUUCAUUCACACUGCAGACUUUGAUUUUUGGAAUAACACAUCGAAAAUUGUGUGAUCACAAUUGUGAUCCAUUUCAUCAAAUUACAGAUUUUGCUGUAUAUUUAUUUAACACAACUCUGGACACAACAAGACUUUCUUCAGCUGUUUAGAUGACACUCCAGGAUUUCAUUUUGUUACUGUAAUUGAUUUUUUUUUUAACCUAUGCAGUGUUAUGGAUAGUAUUCAUCAUAUACUCACAUAUAAUGAUGUCACUGUCAUGCAUUUAAUGGUUUGUCCCAUUAAAAUCAACUAUGUUUGUGUUGC